AUGAAACAAGACUUAGAAAAUUCAGAAUAUAAAGACUUACUCAAUAAAUAUAAUGCCAUAUUUUCAGCCUCAGACAUUCCUAUGAAAAUUAUUGGAAAGUCAUUACUCAAUAAUACUAUCUAUGUCAGAUGGAAAGAUGGGUCUUAUGAAUUUACGUCUCACACUGAUUUAUUAAAUAAGUAUCCAGAGUUAUUUAUUUAA